GUGUGGCUGAACUGUUAGUCUCUUUCUCUUCUUUUAAAAGAAAUAAAUCAAGAUAAAGUCUAAGAUGCACAUUCUAGAUCUUCCCUUUGAAACCCUUAGUGAAAUAUUUCUCUACUUGGUGCCACUAGAAACUUUGGAAUAUGCUCUUGUAUGUAAAAGUUGGACCAAACCUGCACUUUGUAUCCUAUAUCAGGAACUGCAUCUGGGACGAGGUGGCUAUAGUAGUCUCAAUCGACUUUUGAAACUGGGCAUGUCUGAACGUGACGAAUACUUUAAAUACGGAACUCUGGUCCAAAAAAUCAAACUGUCUGCAAUUCGGUACCACCCUUCAGAAGAAUUGAGUGAAGAGGAAUUGGUAACUUUUUUAGAGUAUUUUCCAAAUAUAAAAACGUUGGACGUAUCCGAUAGUGAAUGCCAUGAAAAUUACUAUGGUUAUCUAAUCAACACAAAGUCAAAGAAGUGUCUAAAUCAAAUUCAAACCUUCAGACUCCCCCACUACAAGUGUCUUGAUGUACUUAAAAUGCAUUAUGCAUUGUGUUAUAAGUAUCGCCAGACUAUUACCAGUAUGUGGUUUGAAUAUCAUGACAUGAUAGAUAUAGGUGCUGAAAAACUCAACAGAACACUUGACUAUUUAAAACAAUUUCCCAAUUUAAAAGAUUUGACAGUAAUGGAUAGUUAUUAUUCGAAAGUGACGAUAUUUGAAAUUCAAGAAGCAUGUCCAAAUUUGACAUCGCUUGACUAUGGAAUUGGUUUUGGUGGCACAGAAGAAAAAAUUAAUGCGUUUAUGGAUGAUCCUGCUAAUCUCAACUUACAAAAUCACUUAGAAAGAUUGGUUAUAAGGUCUGCAAUACCAGUGGAGUAUCUAAAAUAUUUGAAUAGUUGUGUUUUCACCCAGCUUUCCACUCUGGAAAUGACAACAGGUGGCGUCGACUUAUAUGACUGGUUAAUUGAUAUGGAAUGGGAUAACGUUGUGAAGUUUCUUAGCCGAUUAAGUACGCUAAACUCAGCCAUUCUGAAUUUUCAAGCGAUACCCAUUGGCCGAAAAAUCGCAGAGCUCCCUGAAACAAAGAUGACCAUUUUUUUUAAGGUGGUAGACGUUCUUAAGGGAACUAAGAAUCCUUUUUGUCAAAUGGACAUCGCUGAUUACCCCGAUUUUAGAACGAAACUUGAUUGUCUAGAGUAUAAUUCCUUAGAUGGGUUACAUCUUUCCUAUGACCUGGAGGACUGCGAUUACAAAGAAGGAGACUGGAGAAAGCCGGAUAUCAACUUUAUUUUGCCAGACGUAUCUAUCUCAGGAACUGGACUAGAAAUUGUCAAUUAUUUGAAUGCUGUUAUUACUUGUGACAAGGGCCAAGACUUCCAAUUUAAAUUUAUAGAUUAUGUAUUGACCAACUAUCCCAAUCUCGAGCUUUUUGAUUUUUGUUGCAUAGGAAAAUUAAACGAGGGCAUCACCAUUGGUAGGGAUGCCAAUCAUUCGAUUGCAACUAAAAAAAAACAUCACCUGUCAGCAACAAACACGAAAGAAAACUUGAGGUCUAUGGAAUCCUGCUGUUUUGUUCCUCCACCAAAACUGUUGAGAAUAAUAUCAAAGCGUUUGCCAAACAUUGAAUUCGUGUCUUGCGUCAAUCCAGUAAACGUAUCGGGGAAAUCCAAUUUGUUUAAGUAUGAUUUAACGAUUUUUAGAAAUCUUAAGACUUUUCACUUUGAGAUUGAAUUCGUGUCACGGUACAUGGACUUUGGUUUUGUCUGCUUCGACUAUGGAGAUGAGGGUAAUGCAAUCUAUUAUCAUCAAGAAUCAUCCACUUAUGCUUUAAAUGCUUGUGACGAGAGUUUUAUGGCGGAACGCUAUCGAAAAAAAACAGUCAGAAGUAACCGAAUGAAUAUCAAAUGUAAGAAAAACACAAGAAUAAUUGUCACCUCUCGUGAUGAAAUUAUGGCAGAAUUCGAAAAUGGAGUAAUCCUUGAUUAUAUAAACAAGGAUUCUUAUAUUCGUUUGCCACGGGAUAAAAUGGCUCAUUUUCCACGUUGAUUCGAGUAAUUAUCGCUUCGCUUAAAAAGCAGUUGUAAUCACGGAGAUACACCUAUGUCUCAUUUUCAAAAUAAAAACCUACCUUUAGCACUGUUUUAAUAAUUAAACUUACUUGCGGGAAGUAACAGUUUUUGCAGUUUUUUGAGAGCAAGUUAUUCGCCACUGUAGUGGUCUAAAAAAUCUUAAGUCACUUCUUUUAAUCUACCAAGCAU